AUCGCGCGUUAACUACAGCGCCACCUGUAUAGUUUUCCCUGACAACAUUGCCAAGGAAUGGCUGAUCAAGAGGAAUCCCAGCCCACUGAUUCUGUCCCAAAGGAGGCAGAAAGUACAGAAGCACCUGCUACAAGUGAGGAAACCCCAGCAGCGGAACAGGAACCUCAGACAGAGACCACAACAGAGGAGGCUCCGAAGGAGGAGGAACCAGCAAAGGAAGAAGAAACAAAGGAAGAGGAACCAGCAAAAGAAGAGGAACCAGCAAAGGAAGAUGGUCCUCCUGCAGAAGAAGCACCUGCUGAUUCCAACACAAAUGCUGAAGAGAAGGCUGAAGAACCUCCAGCAGAGGGUGGUGAACAAACAGAAACUGCUGUAGAGGGUGAACAACCAGCAGAGGGGGAACAGACAGAACAGGGGGAGGAAGGUCAAAAAGCAGAGGGGGAAGAAAAACCAGAGGGGGAGACCACAGAGGAGGGGGAGAAACCUGCCGAAGGAGGAGAGGGAGAGGAGGAAGGUCCUAAAGAAGGUGAAGAAGGAGAAAAGACAGAAGAAGAAAAGCCUGCAGAGGAAGGGGAAACAACAGAGAAAGCUGAGGGUGAAGAGGAAUCAAAAUCACCUGUACCACAGAGUGAUACCUUUGCUGAGGGAGAAAGACCAGAGAGUCCACAAAUUGCUGGAGAGAAAUUAUCCAGAGAGGGAAGUCCUGUACAGGGAGAUGAAGGGGUUCAACCUGACACAGCUGCCCUUGAACCUGGUACUCCAGAGGGGUCAAGGCCAGCCUCAGUCACAGAGGAUCAACACUUAGCUCCCUUUGCUGAGGAAGAGGAGGAGGAGGAAGAAGAAGAGGAGGAGGAGGAGCCUGAACCUGAGUUUGAUAGAGAGGCUCUCCUCGAACAGUAUCAGACAUUGCUUGAGGAGAGGAGGGAAUUACAACAGUCUAACUACUUGCUUCAGCACAAAUUGGCAGAGCAUUUCAGGAAGAAGAAAGCAGAUGAUGCCAGGCAAGACUAUGAUAAAACAGCGAAUGAUCAGGACUCAAAAUAUGUCAAAUAUAUGGCUCAAGUUGAUGAGUUGAGAAAACUGGAUGCAGCUGAGAGGGAAAACUACAAAAAUCAGAUGGAGGACUUGAGAAUAAAAUGUGAGGAGAAGAAAGAGAAAGUGGAUGAGGAGAGGAAGAAAUUCAUGGAAUUUAAGAAACAAGUGGCAUUGAAUGCCAUCUCUAACAGAUCAGGGAAGCCUGUUCCUCCAAAGGACAUAGAACAGGCCUUGUCUGUAGAAAAUAAAAAAGAACAAGAUGUAGUAGCAGUUCGCUUAGAAAAUAUCAAACUGAAAAACAAAUUAAAAAAGAAAGAACAUCAAUUAAAGUCAAAGGAAGAACUUGCAGAAGGUCUACAUUUAAUUGAUUUUGAACAACUGAAAAUUGAAAACCAAACAUACAAUGAGAAAAUUGAAGAAAGAAAUGAAGAAAUUCUAAAAUUAAGAAAGAAAAUUACCAGUACUGUUCAAGUUCUAACCCAUUUGAAAGAAAAACUACAAUUUGUGCAAGCUGAAAAUCAAGUACAGAAAGGUCGUCUCCGAGAAGUGGAAGCUGAGGCAGCUAUGAAGAGAGACAUUUUAUCAAGAACAAAACAAGCAAGAGAUGCUUUACGAAUUGACAACCAGCGCCUGCGACAGAGCUGUGGGUUGCUAGGUAAUGAGCCUUUACUUCGAGAUUUCGAGGAGAGAAAGGAUGAAAGUGAUGAUCUAAGAGAAAGACUUGAAAGAUUAAAAAUGUCACAUGCUGAACUCACAUUAAACUGCAAUCAGGUUCGAAGGAAAAUUGAACAAGCAAGGCAAAACAGGGGGUGAUUUGCUACAACACUAAUUGAAAUGUGAUAUAAUAAACAAUAUGUAAACUGAGAAGUCUUAAAUAUGAAAUAUGGUGAUACUUUAUUUUUACUGAUAUAUGACUGUUGUUGAUGUAUAAUCUACAAUUGAAAAUUAAAAUAGAAAUAAAGCUAAUAAAAACUUU